AAAAACAAAAAAUAUUAAUAGUAAAAUAUAUAAAAAAAAAAAAUUUAUCUGUAAUGUGUUCUCGAAAUAAUUAACAAGCUAAUUUUCAGGUACAUCCAUUAUUAAUUAACACCAAGCACAAUUCCAUCCAAACACCUCAUCAGCGCCAUAACCUCAAACCCUAACCUCGUUCCUCAAUCAGAAUUUUGUUUACAUAAAAUUCAGAACGAAUUGCUUAUCGUAGCUGGCUGAUAGAAUGGCUGCUAUGUGUUUAGAUAUGCGACGAGCACGUGAAAAUGACCUCCGGUCGCGGUACGCGAGCAGUCAACCCUCCGGAUCUGGGCAUCACUCCUCAGAUUACUCUGAGGAGGAGAAACAACGCCGAAGACAGGAGUGGGUGCUCGAGCAAGAGAAGAAGCGCGAGCACGAACGUCGCAAGCAGAUUAUGAUCCAGCAGUACGAAGCGCGUCGGGCUCGUGAGCUGGCUUUAAAGAACGCUCACAGAUCCUCGCACCGGGCUCGCACUAGAAGCCGUAGCCGAAGCCGUAGUUUCUCCAGCAGCAGAAGUCGCGAAAGAAAACACACUCCCAGUCGCAGCAGAAGUCGCAAUAAAAGUACCCGGAAUCGCGACAGGAGCAGAAGUAGAAGCAGUAGAAGCAGGUCUUCCGAUCACUCACGCAAGCAGCGUGUUCGCUGUAAUGUUGCUAAAACUUUAGUUAUGGCCAAAAGCGCUCCAGUGUUUAAAGGAUCAGAAAUAUCGCCGAUACCUUUGGCAGAUUUGAAGAAAAUAAAGAUUGAUAUUCACCGGCAGAUCCCGACGACUGAACCACAACCUGAAAAACUUGAACGGGAUAUCUUAAAUCCCGAGGAUAUUGUAGUUGCACGCAAAGACGGUGAAGGAAUAAUCCCAAUAUUCGAUCGCCCAGAACUCAAGACCACUGGAAUAUCAACACCCGAAGUUAAAGAGCUCCGUACGAUAAUUUCGGUGCAAAAUGGCAAGAGACGCUCCUCUAGAAGAUGCUCAUCCUCGUCAUCUUCAAGCCGACACCGUCGAUCACCGAGUUCUCAUCGCCGUUCGUCGAGCUCAAGCCCUAGGCGCCGUCGAUCCCGAAGUCCUCGUCGGGAGUCUAGGUAUAAAAGCUCAAGGUACGAAAAAGAAUCUCACCAUAAUUCGAAAUAUAGGAAACAUAGUCGAGAUCGUAGAAAUGAUGACAGGCCAAGAAGUCGAGACCGUCAUCGUUUAAGUGAAGCUGGUUCUCGAGACGACAGACGCCACGGAUCAUCGUCUAGAGGACAUAGUUCUCGUCAUCGUUCAACCUCCAGAGACAGAGAUAGCCGUCAUAGUUCACAUAGAAUCGCUCACAGUUAUGAUAGAUAUGAGUCUCAUAGUUCUAGACGUGUCCCUCCUUAUAUGGAACCGCUGCAAUUUCCUUAUUAUUUCACCGAUUAUAUGAGACCGAUAGUGAUAGACGCGGCGAUGGCUAUGCGAGCUCCAAUGCCUUAUGUUCGCGGAAGAAUGCCACCGAUGAUGGGAAUGGGAGGUCCAAUUCGUCCGAAUUUUCCACGAUUCGGGCCACCUGAAAUGAUAAGACCUUAUGGUCCACCUGGCCCACCUCAUUCGCAAUUCAAACAAAUAGCUAUGGAACACGAAGGAAGCCCCGUUGAACAUCGGCGUCCAGACAAGGACCGCAAAGAGAGAAGGAGGCGAGACGAUGAACACGUGCACAAGAGGUACUGGGACAACGACUGGAGCCAUGAAAAAAGAACUGACAGGUCCCCAGAUGACCAAGAGGAAAGACACUAUCGGAGACGUAGGGAACGAAGUCCCGGUGAGUGUGAAGACAGGAAUAGGCGAGGAAGAAGUCCGCACAUGACUGAAAGACACAGGCGAGACCGAAAUUCUCCUUUUAGAUACGAGAGGAACCGACGAGACAGAAGCCCAUACGAGAGCAGGAGAGACAAAAAAGACAGAAAUCCUCGUGAGGAAAACGAGCGGUCUGAUAGGAGGGAUCGCAAGCGCACCAGGAAUUCACCCAGUGAGAUGCCAGAAGAGGGAGAAAUUCCUGACGGAGCUAAAAAAGACGAGAAAAAUAAAAUCCAGGAUGAGGAACUAGGUAAUAUUACUCGUGCUCAAAAAAGAACUGUAGACUUAUUAACUUCCAAGACGGGAGGUGCUUAUAUACCACCUGCUAAGCUCAAGCUGAUGCAGGCGGAGAUAACAGAUAAAUCAUCAGCAGCUUAUCAACGUAUUGCGUGGGAAGCUUUAAAAAAAUCUAUCCAUGGUCAUAUUAAUAAGGUCAAUACUUCGAACAUCGGUCUCAUAACCAGGGAGUUGCUGAGGGAGAAUGUUAUUCGAGGAAGAGGACUCUUGGCUAGGUCGAUAAUCCAAGCCCAAGUUGCUUCUCCGACGUUCACACCUAUUUAUGCGGCUCUGACGGCGAUUCUUAACUCGAAAUUCCCAAAUAUUGGAGAACUGAUCAUCCACAGACUGGUUAAACAGUUCAUACGAGGAUACAAAACUAAUAAUAAAUCUUUGUGUAUUUCUUCAGGAAGUUUCAUUGCACACUUAAUUAACCAGCGUGUUGUUCACGAGAUUAUCGUGUUGGAACUGUGGCACGUGUUGUUGAAAAAUCCCACUGAUGACUCCGUGGAAGUAGCUAUUGCUUUGUUAAAAGAAUGUGGUCAGAAGUUAACCGAAGUUUCCAAAGCUGGUAUUGUGGAAAUUUUUGAUCUAUUGAGGAAUAUUUUACACGAGGGAAAACUCGAUAAAAGAAUCCAGUAUAUGAUUGAAGUUAUGUUCCAGAUACGUAAGGAUGGGUUCAAAGACCACGUGGCUGUCCCCAAGGAACUAGAUCUUGUGGAAGAGAAUGAUCAGAUAAUCCACGUCAUUCAGCUCCAAGAUAAGCACGACUCUGAAGAUAUUCUCAACGUAUUUAGAUUUGAUAGCGAAUAUAUUAGAAAUGAAGAGAAAUAUAAAGAGUUGCAGAAAGAAAUAUUGGGCUCUGACAACAGCGAUGCCAGUGGCGAGGAUGAGGAUAGUUCUGAGGAAGAUGACAGUGGUGACGAGGAAGACGCCGAGAAGAAAGACGUUAUAUUGGAUAAUACUGAGACUAAUUUGAAGGCUCUCAGGAGGACAAUUUAUUUGACGAUUCAUUCUUCUUUGGACUUUGAAGAGUGCGCGCACAAACUGAUGAAGAUGCAGCUGAAGCCCGGACAGGAGCGCGAGCUCUGUUACAUGUUCCUAGACUGCUGCAAGGAGAAUAGGACAUAUGAAAAAUUUUACGGAUUAUUAGCUGGUCGUUUCUGUGCAAUAAAUAAAAUUUACGUCACUCCUUUUGAGGAGAUUUUUAAAGAAUCUUACGACACAAUUCACAGGCUGGACAUGAAUAAGCUGAGGAAUGUCGCCAAGUUCUUUGCCCAUCUGCUAAUUACAGAUUCUAUUUCGUGGGUGGUGCUCAGCUGCAUCAAGUUGAACGAAGAAGACACAACUCCUAGUAGCCGUGUGUUUAUAAAAAUUUUGUUCCAAGAGUUGUCUGAGUACAUGGGCGUGCCCAAAUUGAACAACAGAAUUAAAGACAUCACAUUGCAAGAAGCCUUCGAAGGACUCUUUCCAAGGGAUACAGAUAAGAAGACGAGGUUUGCUGUCAAUUUCUUUACUACCAUCGGGCUGGGAGGAUUGACAGAUGAUUUGAGAGAGCAUUUGAAGUCUCGGCCCAAGGUCUUGGCUGCUCCUCCGCCUGAAAUAUUGGAGACUUUGAAGACGCCUAGUUCCUCUAGCUCAUCGUCAUCCUCGACGUCGUCUUCGUCCUCUGAUUCAGGGUCCAGCUCAGAUUCUUCAUCGUCGUCGUCAUCAUCAUCGUCAUCGUCAUCAGAGGAGGAAAAGAAGAAAAAAAAAAGGAAGGCAAAAUUUCGGGAAAAGGCAAAGAAUAUGAAAAAAAAAUCAGAGAAGAAAAUCAAAAAGAAAAGACAGGAAAAAGAUAAAAAAUCUUUAAAAAAGAAAAAAAGUAGAAAAUAA